AUGAUCGCAAGCAACAUUGCAAGAAGCCAAGGCGCAGCAGCAAGUUCUUCAGGCACUGGUCUGAUUGAGCUCGGAAUUUUCUAUCAGGCCCUACGACAGGGUAUUGCAGCGACCAACGACACAGCCAACAAGAAAGAAUGGACGACAUAUUUGCACAACAGCACGGCGAGUGCCAUUCCGUUAUUCACCAACGUCACUUCUGCUACUCAACUACCUCUGGAUCGCUUCUCUAUAGGCACUGAAAUGAUUAGACAAUGGCAAGAGUCUGGGGAUGCUGCGCUUCUGUCUGCCAUCAACACGUUGCAGGACUCCCUUACUCAACAGCCACAAAAUGCCAAUGGAGGACUUNNUUGGUACUAUGCCAAUCCCAACAAUCUGACUGCGUAUCAGAAUCUGUCGUACACCGAUGGCAUGUACUCGUAUCCGACUUUUGCAAUCCUCAGCGCAGGAAAUGGCACUCGACAGUCCGAUAUCUUUGGUGCUGCGGCGGCCCUGAAGCAACUCGAGAUCCUCGACUUCAUCUGCAAUGAUGGCACGGGUCUUCUUGUGCACGGGUACGAUGCCUUGAAAGCUCAUCACUGGGCGAAUUCAGAAACUGGUGCUAGCCCCUCGGUCUGGGGUCGCUCACUGGCAUGGUAUACCCUUGGCGUAGUCGAAGCUCUGGACUCCCUACAGUCUAUGCCUCAUCACUCGAACGCACUGGAGAACAAGAUCGCAUACAAUAACAUGAGAUUGCUUCUCAACUCUCUGAUCCAAGCCCAGAUCGUUGCUCUCGAGCGCGCCACAGCAAUCGAUGGCAACUACGGUGUUUGGCAAGUCAUCGACCUUCCUGGCGCCACCAUCAACAAUACCAAGAAUUUUGUCGAGACAAGCGCAAGUCUGAUGACUGCCUAUUCGCUGCUGAAAUCAGUUCGUAUAGAACUUGUCACAUCACCAAGCCUCCGUAACAGAGCCAUCAAAGCGGGCCUCGGGCUUUGGAAAACCAUCUCUGAUACACAAGUCACAAGAAACAUGAACGGAACAUUGGAGUUGGGAGGCACGAGUCCUAUCGCUAGUUUGAGCGCGCAGGACGUAGAUGCUCAGGUUUGUGCAAUCCUCUAUCCAGACAGGAUGCGAUUUACUGACCAAUCUUUCUUGCAGUACUACUUCUCGAGGCCGGUCGUGAAUAACAGUUUGAUUGCGACUAGUGCUUUCAUUCUUGCUGGCCUUGAAGUUGAACGACUAUGUAGAUGA